AUGUCAAAAAAGCCCGGUCUAGACCGUAAACCUAAACUCCGCGGAAGAUACUGUGUGGCAGGGGGGCCGAACGGAGUCAGCUGCAAAAACUGCCAGUAUUCCGAAGGAGUAUCUCUUCACCAGUUUCCUAAAGUCAAGAAUAACGGCACCGAGUUAGACAGAGAGAGGGAGAAAACAAGAAGAUUGUGGGUUAAGUUCGUAGCGAAACACCGGCGCGAUUUUCAACCGUCCGCCACGUCUGUCUUGUGCUCCGCAUACUUUGAGCCCGCGUGUUUCUCCCACAAUCUGGAAAUCGGGAAGAGCUGUGGAAGAAAGAGAUGGCUUCUACCAGGAGCGGUGCCAACCAUCGACACCGCCGGUCUGCCAACUCCAACUGUUCCUGUGACAGACCGCACGCGCAGACGGAUUCUCAAUGAGGUCCUAGCCCCCGCUGGCCCAUCCAGUGCUCAAGAGAUGAUGGAUGGCAGUCAACUUGAGCCACUACAAGAACAGCCACCUCCGUCCCCAGAGCCACCAAAAAAGUACUGUGACGAUUGUGAGGUUUUCAAGAAGAAGAUCCGCCGCCUCCAGAAAACCAUCAGUCGGCUGAAACGUGCCCGUGACAAAUCAACACAUACGGUUGAUUGCGAGGUUGAAGACUCAGAGGACACUGAUCCAGUCUUGCUUGAGCCAUCAAGUCCAGAGGAAGAGGAGGAAGAAGAGGAAGAAGAGGAGGAGAUCAUGGAGACUGAUGAUGAGGACUACGAAGUGGAGACGGAUUAUUCUUUCGAGGAGUCAGCAGCAGACGAUGACGGAGAAGAAGAAGAAGGGAAGGAUGGAGACUCGUGUGACAAGAAGGAUGGAGACUCAGAGACUAAGCAUAACUCAUUACUCAUCUUUCCUGCAAUCCUCAACCACUGGGAGUCGUACAGGCAGAGUCUAAUCAACCAACUGAAAGGAAGGGACGACGCAGCAUGGAGUGGGGAUGGUCGGUACGACUCGAUGGGACACAAUGCGAAGUAUGGAGCGUACACCAUGUUUUCUAACACCAUCUCCAAACUUGUGCACUUCGAGCUUCUACAGUCGAAUCAGUCUGGCAGUAGUAAUGCUAUGGAACUACAUGGUGCCAAACGCUGCUUCUCCUUCCUGACAGAAGCGGGCCUGAAGAUCGCGACAUUUAUCACGGACAGACAUAAAGGAAUAUGUAAGUGGAUUAGAGAGGAACAGAGAGACACUCAUCAUUUUUACGACCUGUGGCAUGUGUGCAAAAGUCUGGUGAAGGAUCUGCGGAAGGCGAGCAAGGACAAGGGAUGGACUGAAAAGAUUGAAGCUGUUCUGCUGAAGAAGGACAGAAUUGCUGACAUCAAGAAGCUUUCUUCCGAACCUCAAACCAGCUGUCUGGAGGGCUUCCACUCGACGCUCAAUCCCUGGCAUCCAAAGAUGACCCACUUCUCCUGGAUGGGGAGAGUUUGCAGAAUACGUCAGUGA